AUGCCCCACAAAUCCCACCCCGCUUUAACUUCCCUGCUUCCCCUUUUACUCGACAUUUCCACUCGCAUGGAAAGCAAAACGCAGCACAAACGCGAAUCCGAAGAAAACCAGCUCGACGAACAAACCAAUCUCCCCGAACGAUCCCCCUCCGCAGAAGAAACGGGCUACACUCGCAUUCUCCAAAUCAUCUCGACCCACUUUUCCUCUUUUUUUGGCAGCACGGAAGCCCAGCUCGACUACUUAAUUUCUCUCACAAUCGCCGUCACAUCGCCUCUGCUGUCUCCCAAAUCCACUUCUGAAAACCGAAUCGCCGAGGACGUUCUCGAAGCGGUCUGUCAGAACCACUUCCUCAUCACCGAAUUCGCUUCGUCGCUCAUUCCAAACCGCGACGUUUUGCAUUGGCAGCAUCGCUAUCACGAGCUCAACGCCGAUUUGAUCCGAUUCGACGCGUCGAUUUCCACUGCAGGCGUCGCGAUCAACUCCAAAGGCGACUUCGUAAUCAACAGCAACCCCAACCGAUCCAAGUUCAACGCGGCGUUCUGCUCGCCCGCUCUGGAGAGCGGCGUGAUUGAGAUCAAAUGGCGCUUGGAGGACGACCGCAUGAACGACGAAAUGACGUGCUUCGGCUUCACGACGAGUCCUUUCGAGUCGAAUAAAAACUACGAGGAGAGCCAAUCGAUGUGGGUGUAUCGCUGUUUCAACGGGGAUUUGUACAGCCAGGGACGGAAGCUGGAGAGAUCGCUGGAGAAAGCGCACGCAGGCUCGGAAAUCACGUUUCUGUUUAACUUGGACGAAGCGACGGUGUCGAUUUCGAUCAACGAACGAGCCUAUGGCGUCGUGUUCGCCUCCAUCCCGACACCUGUCUAUCCUCUUGUUUUGUUUUACAACUCACAACCCCCACAGCGCGCCGUUCGCUUGGUUUCGGUCACGUGCCAAUCGAAUUCGAUCGCUUCCUCCUCCUUGUCGAGCGAGCAGCCCGAAGCUUCUUCAAGCUCGGGAAACGUGUCCUUGCUAAUCCACCAUCUUUCAGAAUGUUACUUCACCACGCACGACAAAUCCAUUUUGUUCACGCUCCAAAUCCUUCUAGAGCGCCUUUUCAGCUCCUCCCAGCUGCUGCGACGCUGCGGAUUGUACGACGAUGUCUCGCCCCCAGCCACGAGCGUCCGGCUCUCUGGCUCGCUGUUAGAUUGGUGUGACGAUUUUUCUGCUCGGCUUUCACGCAGCAAACCUCCCUCGCAGCUCUCGCACCCUCUCCACUUCUCCACCAUCCACACCAAUCUUCUAACGGCGUCCGAACAUGUCCUCACGCACACCGCUAGCGACCACUGGGCCUUUGCGUCGUUUGUUCUUCCGGAGCGAUCGGACGCUCUGUGGAUCGUCCGCAUCACCUAUCACGCAACGAAAGAGCCGCAGCUGAUCGUUGGAAUCAUCGAGGAGACGCAGGACUCCGGUUCACUCAUCGAGCGUCGCUCACAUGUAGACGAAGUGAAUUACGAAACGUUUCUGGGCAGCGAUAAAAACACGUGGGGCUACAAAACAUCAGGGCAGCUAUUCCACGGGAAUCAAUGCACGGGCAACGUGAUUCGAUCGAGCCCUCAAUCCUCGCUCGUGUUCAUCUUCGACGGCAUCCAGCGCGAAAUUCGCCUCCAAAUCGACUCCAUGAACCACGUGACGCUCUUCGACUCGCUCCCAGAACACUGGAUCCCCGCGAUUGCUCUUCUCCGCGAAGGUGAUUCGGCUUCUGUGGAUCUUCUCCCCUCGAUCACGUCGGUCUCGCAAGAAACGCGUUGGUGCGACCUGUACAAAUCCUACAAAGGCGACGUGUAUCUGGCAGGAGAAGUGAGUGAAAACGUGGUGCGCGUGGUGGAGUUCGUUCUGCAGGACCUCGUAACGCACUUGAAUGAAGGCGAAUUGAGCCAGAAUCGAUUGUAUGGGAUCGAGUGUUGA